GGAAAAAAGUUCUCAUGGUUGUUUUCAUGCCAGUGUAAAAAGUUACGUUUCAGUCGUUUGUCGACUCUCAUGAGCGUGUGUUGAAGCCGUUUGAAGACACCAAAGGGACCAGUACCUCUGAAGAAUGGGGAGUGAACCAGGCCCAGUUCAGAUUGUCACAGUGUGUAAGGAGGAGCACUCCUUUGCACUGGAUACGGAGGCUUUGGCUCGGGUUCUUUUGGCUCCGGAGGUCCGAGACAAACAUGUGGUGGUGCUGUCGGUGGCCGGAGCUUUCAGAAAAGGGAAAAGCUUCCUGCUUGAUUUCAUGAUCCGCUACAUGUACAGAAAGAGCGAUGAAAACUGGCUGGGUGAGGACGACGAGCCUCUGACUGGAUUUUCUUGGAGAGGUGGUUCAGAACCAGAGACAACAGGCAUCCAGCUGUGGAGUGAAGUUUUCCUUGUCCAAAAGAGCGAUGGAACAGAGGUGGCCGUGGUGUUGAUGGACACUCAGGGAGCGUUUGAUAAUCAGUCCACCGUGAAAGACUGUGCCACCAUCUUUGCCCUCAGCACCAUGACCAGCUCAGUACAGAUCUACAAUCUCUCAUCAAACAUUCAAGAGGACGAUCUGCAGCAGCUACAGCUGUUCACAGAGUACGGCCGUCUUGCCAUGGACGAGAUCUUUCUGAAGCCCUUCCAGUCUUUGAUGUUUCUAAUCAGGGACUGGAGCUUUCCCUAUGAAUACACCUACGGGUUUAGAGGCGGCAGUGAAUUCCUGGAUAAACGGUUACAGGUUAAGGAGGCCCAACAUGAAGAGCUGCAAACAGUGAGGGAGCACAUCCAUUCAUGCUUCACCAGCAUCUCCUGCUUCCUGUUACCUCACCCCGGGUUGAAGGUUGCCACCAGCCCUGCUUUCGAGGGACAACUUUGUGAUGUGGCCCCAGAGUUUAAAGAGCAGCUGCAGAGUCUGAUUCCUAAACUGCUGCAUCCGGAUCGUCUGGCAGAGAAAGAAAUAAAUGGAAACAAAGUCACUUGCAGGGGCCUGCUGGAGUUCUUCAAGGCUUACAUCAAGAUUUAUCAGGGAGAAGACUUGCCACAGCCAAAGACUAUGCUAAUGGCUACAGCAGAGGCCAACAACCUGGCAGCUGUGGCAACAGCCAAAGAUCAGUAUUACAAGAACAUGGAGAAGGUGUGUGGGGGAGACCUGCCCUAUGUGGCUCCCGACUCCCUGGAGGAGAAACAUCACUUUAAUUUCCGAGAAGCUCUUCACGCCUUUUCGUCCACCAAGAAGAUGGGCGGACAGGAGUUCUGUGACCGUUACCAAACACAGCUGGAAAAGGAGCUGGAGGAAAUGUGGCAGUCUUUCAGCAAGCACAACGAGUCAAAAAAUCUCUUCAGCGCCUUCCGGACACCCGCCGUGCUCUUUGUCCUGGUGUGCCUCCUCUACGUUUUGUCAGGCGUGUUGCUCUUUGUUGGCCUGUCUACAUUUGCCCUGGUGUGUGACUGCACCCUGGGUGUGGUCAUGAUGGCCAUGCUGACCUGGGCCUUCAUCCGAUACUCUGGUCGAUACCGGAGUGUAGGAGGAGCCAUCGACCAGGCUGCCGGUGUCGUCCUGGAGCAGGCCACUGUGGCGCUGAACAAGUCGAGAGGGACGGGCACCAGUGUCCAGAAGAAGUCCAGUUAGAGGACGUCUGCGUCAUCUUGAUGCAAUGCAAACGGCACAAACACAACACAAGCACACAUGCAGCACUAAAGCCUUACCAUGCCUCCCAUUGGAACAAACAUGCAGCUCAACCACAUUGGCACAGGGUAACAAUAUGAUGCCAAUUCACCAGCAUCUCUAUUAUGCACAUUUCUCCGCCUGUUAGAGUUCAGGCUUAAAUAAAGGUGAUCAGAUUCUCAGAGGCAGGGACUCACACCAUCCCAGUCGUCUUAUUGAUGCUUCGUGUCUUAAGUUGACACUGCCAUCAUUCAAGUUUACAAUUGGUCUUAAUAGACAAGUCAAUGUUUACCUUUAAACUUAAAGAAAAAAAAACACUUUUAUUUUUUGGCUGAAUGCGUCUUACUUGGCUGUAUAUUGAUCAGACAGGGGUAGUCAGGGUGCUUUUCAGACUAAGCUUCCGCAUCUUUAUUUACCGUUAAAAUUGCUGGUUUUAAAGCUUAUACACUUAUUCAUCUUUCUGUGUGGCUGUGUUUUUUUUUACCUAUCAGCCUCAAAACAUUCCAAUCUGUUUGUAGAUUUGCUUUCUAUUGGAUAUAAACUAGCAUUUCUAGGAAGGUGAAAGUCACUACUUUGAGGAGAGGAGAAUAAACGCACUUUCCACCGAGCACAGCUGCAUUUAAUAUAAGUUCAGUUGAACCUUAUUAGCUUCAAGCUCUUCUCUUUUUAUUGCUUGAUGGGAAUAUGUUGCCCUUUGUAUAUUUUAUACUACAUCAUAGAAAAUAUAUUACUGGAACAUAUAUUCCACAAGAGCUUAAAACUCCAAAGGAAAGACAUUUUUAGAAUAGUGUAAGGUGUUGAAUGCCCACUGUAAUUAAACUAGUACCUAGUCGACCAAAGAGUUAGCUUUAAAUAUUGUUUGAAUUACACUUUGGGAUUUACUCAUCACUUUGAAUUUCAGUGAAUAUAAGCUAAAACACAUUCACGGGAGACGUCAUUCCUUGAAACAAAUUAAAAAAAUUGCAGUGACUCCAAUUAACACAUAAAAAAAAUGCUUUUUUCACACUAACAUGGAACGAAUAACAACCAAGAGCCCUAAAUGGACCAAAUACAGAGGGAACAAGCAGUAGAAACCUGCAGUAAAUGGGACUGUGAGGCUGUCCUGUGCUUUUUGUACAUGCGUUUCAGUUUUCAGAAAGACUACAGCCCUUGGACAGAUUUUGAUUAAAUGUAGUUGUCAAAAAUCCUCAGCAUGCGGCCUUAUUAGUCAUGCUCACACCUCAGAAAUGAUUUACUGAUGUAAUGCUUUUAGCAGCCAUUCAUAGCUGGUGUUGUCUGAGAGAUAACACUGAUGGUGGUGAUCACACGCUGAUAUUCUGGCUGCAAGUAAAGGACAUAUUUCUACUAUUUCGCAGUAGCUCGUUCUUUAUAAAGGCUUUAUUUGAUCCUAAGUAAACUGUAUGAGAAUAACCAAUAUUUGUACAUGACAAACGGAGAAAGUCAUUACCUUAUAUGGCUGUCAGUCCUGCUUGAUUCCAUGGUGUGCUUGGGUCAUAGCUUUGCUUUGAAUGACUUACAUGUAAUGGUUGUGUAACAAAGGGAAACCAUAUUACAGAACAGGAAGGAUAGUAAAUUUGAAUUGACUUGAUUCUUUUGCUCAUGUUUGCAUGCAGACAUUUAACCUAUCAGUAGUAUCUCUUCUGUUAUACUGAGAAUUAAAAAGCUGGACUAAAUGGUGGAUUUAUGAGGUUUUAGUUUUUCUUUGUUGGGUCAAGCAGGACUUCUCAGACCAACUCAAAUGAUUCAGGUAGUGGAUUAAAGGACUAUGAUUAUAUGCAACUAUGUCCUACAUCUCUGAAUGCAAUGAAUUGCAGACUUUUGCAUUAACAUUUGAUUGGAAAAAUAGAAUGGAAAGCAUUUUAAAAAUAGCCAAAAGAUUGUAUGACCUGAGAGCAGAAAUAGGAUCCUGCAAUCCUGUAAUGACGCAGCAUUGUGCACUUUAACAACUACUCAUAUAUUUUAUAUGCUCAGACGCACAGUGGAGACACAAAAAGCUGCUUUAUUCUUACACUGAUUGCAUGAGUCAUAGGAAUACGUUGUGAUCCAUAAUGUUUGGCUUCAUUUUGCACUUUUCCACUUCUGUCUUUUUACACAAGAGGAGGUAACUUCAAGAUGUUUUACAUGCAGUUACUGUUGCACUUCCCCUUCUCUUUGGUGCUCUUUGCACACAGCUCAUUCCAAAAGUACAUAAAUGCAUGCAUGCAGUGUAGUAAAUGUAAUCAUCUCUUGCAGGAGUAAAGUGGCCUUGACUUGAGAAAUGCUGUUUUAUAAAGAAUAAACUGAGCUUGAAACUGUU